CUCCUUCAAAAGAAAAGAGCAAGAUUUAUUGACAUCCCCCUUUUUUAAAAACUUAUUAGGGAUGGCAUCAGAUAAUGAAGAAACACAACAUUUGCUAUGUCCCCCAUUUUGUUAUGUUGACUGCAAAACCCAACAUCAUCCUAUUAUAGUAGAAAUGGUUAAUGUAAAAAGAAAUGGUACAGAUUUUUCUGCAUUAGAUAAGUUGAUUAAAACAUUUAUGACUGAGGAGACUGGAGGAUUGGAUGUGAAUGGAGAUAUUCCUGAUCCUAAUCCAGAGUAUCGAUUUACCAUGCUCCAUUGGGCUGCUGCACUUGGUAAAGUGGAAUUAGUUAAAUGGCUGCGUAGAGAAAAGAUGAAUAGACCAAAAUGUUCUGGAGAGGGAUAUUCAGUCCUUCAUAAAAUGAUAGAGUUAUUACAGGAAAACCAAGACAUAGCAUUUCAUGAGAUGGGAAAUAUCAUCAAUGAGCUUGUUUCUAUCUUUUGGAAAGACAAUCUAACUGUCAAAAAUAAGGAUGGAAAUAUGCCUUUACAUAUGUGUUGUCUCCCUUUACAAGAUAACAUCAGCAAAAACAAACAGGCUUAUUAUAUUUCAUGGAUUUACAGUAUAAUUACCAGGUUUAAAAAGACAUACCGGUAUAAAGGAGAUUACCCUAAAUUGAAUUACAUUGUGAACUGUGUGAAUGCCAGUGGUGAUACUCCAGUACAUAUUUUAGCCAGAUGCUCAAAGAACUAUAAUACUAUUCAAUUUAUGUUGGAACCUGUACUUUUUAAUUUUGGACUUAAAAACAAUCAGGGAAUGACAGCAUUAGAUAUUGCUUGCAGCUGUGGCAAUGAAAAGAUCUCCACAAUGUUGAAAAAGAUGGGACAAGAAUCAAUGGACCACAGCAAACUCAACGAAAAAACAGAACAACCUGUUUGUCAAAACACUCGUUUUUCACAGCAACAGACAGAACUGAUACGAAAAAUUACCGGAACAAAAUCAAUCAUUGGAAAUGACAGAGUGCAAUCUUCUACAUCAGAUCAUGAUUUGAAAAUUUUUCCCAAUCAUAAACCAAAUGAACGAUGCUUAAAACUUCCAUCUUCAACAUGCUCAUCUUUACAUGUAUGUACAAAAACUUCACCAGAGUCCAAAAAAGGUUUGAAUAAACCAUUACAAAGGAUGGUCACAUUGUCUGCAACUCCUAUUGCAAGUCAUGAAAACAAGGAAGGUUUAAAAAUUAAAAUCUCAUCUAGAUCAGAAACCAAUUUAUCAACUUCACCAAGUGUUAGCAAACAAGUAGAUAGUAGAAUAAAACCCUCUCCAAAGUCAGAAGACUUGACUAUUGAAUUGACUAAAGUGACUUCAACUUCAAGUGCUAUCAACAAUGUAGAUUCUUUUACAAAGAUGAAAAAUUUAACACCAGCUCCUAUCUGUAACAUCAAAAGACAUGAACAGAUGGUUGAUUCAUCACUUGACCAUCAGAGCAAAGGGAAUAACUCUCUUAUUUCACAGAAUAUAAAUGUAUCAGAGAAAUCCAAUAGUAAUCGUGGUAACAAUUUGAGUUUACCUUUAGAUUCGAACAAUCAAAUAAAUGGAAAAGUGCCAGAGCCUGCAAUAAAGAAGAAGCAGAAAGUAUAUUAUGCUAUUAAAGGGAAUCAAAUUCAGAUUACUGACAGUUUGGGAAGUCCAGUGGAUAGAAUAUCUACCAAAUCUGGUUAUGUUCCGAAAAAUGUUCCAAUUGUUCUAAGAGGUAAAAAUGCAAGAAUGAAAAGAGUGGCUAGUUUUCCUGUAUCUGGGAAUAUUCAUCAAGGAAUUAGUCAAAUAACAAAACAAAAUCUUGUGUCACAUUUCAAACGAAUUUCUACAGAAAAUCACCAAUCACCAUGUAGUACGGAUACUGAUGAUGAUAUUACACCAAGUAAUUACUUAACUCAAUCAUCUGAUUGUGAAACUGAAAUAGGAGUUCCUUGGUCCAGACAGACACUUUGUGUUAUUCCUGCAUCCAAAGCUGCAGAUUUUUUAACAUCUCAAGGGUUGGUUCUAAAACAGUCAAUACCAUCCACAGUUGACACAUUGAAAUCUAUUAAUAGUCAUGAUGAAAGACACAUGUCAGUCAAUAAAAUUUCAAAAGAAAAUGCCAAAAAAUCAAUUGUUAACAGUGAAUCUCGUACAAAGACUUUACCAAAGCCAAAUACAACAAUGAGUACAAUCAUAGACAAAUUCUUAAAUACCAGAUAUUCAGACAAGUCAAAUUUACAGCAUGUUUCAGACAUGACAGCAUCUCAAAAAUCUCCAGCGAUUACAGAAGUGUCUAGUACAUCAAAUGGUUGCAAAAGGAAAGACAUAACUUCUAUUUCAUCAAGCUGUAAUGACAAAGACCAUCCAAUCAAGUACAUAAAGAUAGAGGACGAGGAUUCAGUAGAGAUGGAGGUUUCAUCAGCUGAUCAGAGGGCACAAUCAAAUACAACAUGUACAAGUCCAGUUCAUAGUAUAUCAAGUGAGACUUCUACUUGUAGUAUAGACUCUGAUCCUGGGAAUGGAAAAGGAAUACUAUCCUAUCUGUCUAUGUGUAGUGAAAACACCAGACACGACUUUCUAGACACGCUGUACAAGGACAGAGAUAAAUAUAUGGACGAGAAAGACAAUAUUGAAAAACAGUACAAAGAAGUUUGUGUGAAAUGUGAAUCUAACAUGGAGACAGUUGCAAGCAGAAAUUCCAUAUUAAAAUACCACCUUGAUAUGGUGAAGAAUCUCAAAACAGAAAUUAAUGAAUUAACUGACGAGACAACAAAAAUGAAGGAGACCAAAAAUAAACUGGCAGAAUCAAAAUAUAAAGUAGAUAGGAAAUUAGAAACUUGUGAGCAUGCCAUUAGCGAAUUCAAAUCCAUGGUACUUUGAUCCAUAUCAGCAAGCCAUAGUACUUUGAUCCAUAUCAGCAAGCCAUAAGUGAAUUCAAAUCCAUGGUACUUUGAUCCUAUAUGAGAAUGCCAUUAGCGAAUUAAAAUACAUGAGAUCCAUAUCAGCAAUCUAUAAGUGAAUGCAAAUCCGUGAUACUCUUGUCUAUAUGAGAAUUCCAUUUUUGAUUUCAAAUCCAUUGUACUUUGAUCUAUGUUCUUGCAUGACUUUAUAAGAAAUAGUGAAGAAAUUGUUGUUGUAUAAAUAGUUAUUUUGUUUCAUUUUAAUUCAAAAUAUUAUGUUUGCUUGUUUGUCAUAAAACUGUGAUUCCAGUGACAUUUUUAAGAUAGUACUGUUGUCCAACAUUUUUGAUGGAUAAAUAGCAGAAAACAAUCAGCUUAUAUUUUUUAUGAAAUAACCAAAUUGUAAAUCAGGAAUGUAAUUCUUUUGGAAAUUUUUCAUGAAGAAAUUAUGUGAUUUCAUCAUCCAUCAACGAAUGUUUUUUAAUUUCUGACACUUUAUUCCUACAUUGAUUUAUAUAUAUACAAAAAUAAAAGGGUGAUUGUUUUAUGGUCAUGUCUGUAUAAAAAGACAAUGAUGUUAGGCAAAGGGAUCCUACAUUCCAUCUUCCCUGUUAGAUUUAUCAACAUUUAGGCUCAGUCUAUUGCUAACAUUUUUGAACACCAAUAUCUUUGUUAAACUUUUAUUUAGUUUUACCUUACUUUGAAAGAAGCUUUUUCGUGAUCAGGAAACAGUAUCUGUAGUCAUGGUAGUGGUUUUACAACUUUUCUGUUUGACCAAUAGCCAGGCAUUAAAUAUUGGUUUCAUGGUUCAGCAUCUAGAUGUUCUGUUUUUCUGGUAGUCAGUAGACUUGCCUGUUAUUAAAAUUACCCUAACAUAACAUUUUAGUUUUAAUGGUAUGUAGAAAUAAAAUUGUUUAUAGCCAAGCAACAAUUCAUAUAUAUGUUCUUUAUAUUUUUUCACUUAUUACAAUUUUUGAAUGUCUAGAAAAGUAAGGACAUCAAAAUUUCUCUCACCUCUUGCUAGACACCAAUGAUUAAAAUUUCAACAUCUAACAAUUAAUAGAAAAUCAUCAAAUUUUUGUUUUGUUUUGUUGAAGUAUUGUUUCAUUGAUGAAAUCCAAUAGACUACAUUUGUAUAUGAAUAUGUAUACUACAUACAUGAUGUUUUUGUUUUGUUCUUUAGGUCUGUUUGCUACAUCAUGUUUGAUUAUAAGAUCUGAAUAGUGCUUAACUGUUUGUUGAAGAAUCUUAAGGUUCUAUUGUAUUUGUUAAUUCAAUCUUCUUUACAUACAUUAAAAUCAGAAUAAUUAAUUAUUUUAUUGUAUAGAAAAAUAAUCUUUCAGAAGUUUAUUUUGUUACCAGUAAGUGUU